AUGCGUUUUCGUCAGUUGGUCAAUCCGACACAUAAAGGUCUCUAUGAUGUAUGUUUGAAUCAAGCACCAUUUUAUCAAAAUGAAGUCGUUGAAGAAAUUCGACCUGAUCACAAUUAUUGUCGACUAUGGAUUGAUGAUCCUACGAUUCCUACUGCGCUUCCUCGUGUUCAACUCUUCUUCAAUUCCACUUCAACAGAUGAUUCACAAGUCGAUAUCGAUAGCAGUUUCGAACAAAAUGAUCAGAAUGUGGAGAAGAUCCAUUGGGCACCUAUGAUCAAGACAAACAUUCCAGACACGUUCGAAUUUGUACAACAAUCUGAUAAAGUUCUUACUCCGGAACGAGCAGAAUUCGUUCACGAUAUUGAACAAUUGAUUGACGAAACGUGCAUUGCAGCGUUAAGUUGCGAUUCUAACACAUCUGAUGUUGUCUAUUGGCGUUUAUCUGUUCACAAUAUUGUUGCUCGACUGUACUCUCUACUCAAUCGACAAUCCGACGACGAAGAUCUGCUUGAGUGGCUACAUGAAUACAUAUGUCAAACAUACGAUCAAACAUUCAUUGGCCACUAUGUUGAUCUCUUUCAAAUACUCUAUCAUGAGUACCCUAAUAUGCGUGCAUUAUUCACUGAAAAAGUCAAAACUUGGCCCGCGACAAGUCUUUGUGCAUAUGUUUACAAUAAAUUACUUCAAAAACCUACUGAUUUAACCGAAGAAGUUAUUUACAGCAUAACUCUGUCUUCAUUAACUAUGCCCACAGUUUGCAUGCUAAUACCCGGUUUAAUCUACGAGGGUCACAAGGAACGUAUACAGUUCUGGCAACGAAAUCUUUCACAAGUAGCGAUAGUCAUACUUACAGAAGCAAUUGAAAAAAAUAACAAAUCCGAACAAAUACAAGUUCAGACAGCAUACGAAGAUAUCCUUGCCAAGUUUAAUGAAACUCGUCAACUCUACCCUCGCCAUCAUAUCAUUCUUCUUGGUUGGAAUGUUGGUGCUAUUCUUGCACUCAAAGCUGCACUUGUUUGUCCGGUCUCGUCAGUCAUCUGUAUGUCUCCGCCUUACCUUGCUCUCUCUGAAGAAUCAAAGAAUGAUUUUGCACAAAUUAAUACGUCGAUCUUAUUCAUAACCGGUGAAAGACAACAUUCUGAUCAACUUGAACAAUACCGUCAACGGUUGAAAUCUCGGAAUGGUUUAAUUGAAAUGGGUGGUUGUAAUGAUAAGUUAUGCAUGUCUGAAGAUGGAAAAUAUCGUUUUCGGCUGAUACAACGGUUGAUUGAUAAACUACUGAUGCAAGAAAUUAUUGAUUUUUUGACAAUACUAUCACCUAAAUCAAAUCGAAAUCCGUUCGAAGAUGCUGACGAAGAGAAUAAAAAGAAGAAAACCGAAUCGAUCCAUUCCGCGACAUCGACGCAACUUGACGAUUCUAACGAUCCAUUUCUCUACAUGGGAAACAAUAGUAAUUCCCUGAUAACACUAACUAUUCCACCCGACCAAGAUCCCAACUCAAUCUUUUUGAAUACUGUCUUUCCAACAACUUCAACUACACGAAAACGCAAAGGUUCAACAUUGACAAACUCAGUCGACAAAACUCGACCAUCAACUACUCAAACGUCCAAUCCUACCGGUGCGAAACGCGGACGUCAUCGAACGAAAAACCUUCCACUGCCUGGCGAUAUGGAAUGGGCACCUAGCAAAGAAAAACGUCCAGCGAAAACCACGACGAAAAAGGCUAAACAAACAAUGCCGCCAACAGCAACAACAAGUAUCCUCAAUACCCUAUUACAAUUACCUGCCAAUCAACCGAAACAACGACCGACUGAUUCCAAUCUAAUCAAACCUGUUCACCAACCACCGUCUUUUGUUAAUACCAUUCUUUCGUCGAAUACUUUUCUUUAA